AUGUCUACUAUCAGAUGGGUAGAUCUUCUGUCAAGCGAGUCAAUCACCAACAACGACGAAAUUAAUGAAAAAUUGAAAAAAAAGAAAUUUCUCUACAACAAAGAAAAUGACUUGAAUAGCAGUUUUUUAAAUUCAUACAAUGCAGAUCUAGACAAUAGUAAUAUAGGAAUAAAUUUAAAAAUAAAAAACAUGUGCAUUGCAGAUAAAAAGGACAAAAUGGUAGACGCUUCUUCUGACGGUGCAAAGGUUAUGAUGAAUAAGGAUAGUACUAGGGAGUCUUAUAAUAACGAAAAGGAAAUUGUACACUGUGGAUUGAAAAAAGAAGAACAUGUUAGCAAGGAUGAACGAGGAUUAUUACAUAAAAGUGAGUGUGUGAAGGGGGAAAAUUGCUACACUGGUAUUAACAUGCAAGGUGAAGCGGAAGGUGUGCAUGGUCAGAAUGGAGUAAGUAAUGUGAAUGGAGUGAGUAAUGUUAAUAUGGUAUAUAAUGUGAAAAAUGUAUAUGAUGAUAAUAAUACUGAGGCAAAAGUAGACAUAGGGGAGGAUGGGGUGAGAAAAGCAGGGAUAGUUACGCAAAAUGGUCAAACUAGUGAGGUUGAUCAUAUUAGCGAUACAGGUCAGAUACGUGCGGCUAAUCUAGCUAGCAAAGGAAGUGAACAUAAAGGGGGGAAAAUAAGGGAAGAGAAGGAGAAGGAGGAAAAGGAGGAGAGGAAAACGGAAAAAAAAAAAAUUGUCCUUUCAAGGUACAAUAAAAAUUCUGGUAAUUUACUCAAAAUUGAAAGUAAUAGUAAUGUAAAUGAUAGUAGAAAUAAAAUAGGGAAAAAAAAAAAAAAAAAAAAAAGUCCGUCAAAUACGACCAAUACUACCAAUAUGGUCAAUAAGGCCAAUGUGACCAAUGCGACCAGUGCGACCAAUGCGAACAAUGCGACCAAUGCGACCAAUGCGAUCAAUAUGCCCAGUUCGUCCCUUUUAGCCAAUUUCCCCAACUCACCCAAUUCAGCCGCUUUUCCUAAAUCCCAUAAGAAGAAUAAAAAAAUUGUGAAUGUGCAGAUGGAUAAAAAGGAAUUAAAAAAUUCUUUUUUUUCCAAAUAUAUUGUAAACAAAAAAGAAGAAAACAAAAUUAAAAAUAAAAUUAUAAAGGAGAGCAAAGAUCAGCAAAUAAUAAACUUACCUUCUAAUUCAAAAACUGAAAAGGAAAAUAAAAAAUUAUCAACAGUUAAUGGAAAAAUGUGUAAUUUGUUAAGUAAGACCUCUUGUGAAAAGACAUGUACAACAGCUAAUGGUAAGAAGAGAAAAGACAGAAAUGUAAAUACCGAAAACAGUAUUUCGAAGUUUAACUGCACAUUAUCUCAUGAUAUAACCCUGGACGAUAAUAACAUCCCAAUGAACCCGUCCAAGAAAGUAAAAAACAAGUUGAAGCAACAAAUGAGUCAAAAUAUACCUAAAGAGGAAGGUACAUACACGAAUGGAAUGAACAGAAUAAACUUUUAUGAUGAUAAUGUAUAUAAUAAAGAAAACAAAAAAAAUUUAACAGAGUUACACAUAAACAAUUAUGCUCAAGUUGUAAAAGAACAAGAGGACAUAAACUCUACUUUAUUAAAUAUGCAAGGUGCCAACAAUUUCUUAUAUUCUCACAAAAAAAAUAUGAACAACAAUAUUAAUUUAGAGAAGUUUAAUAAUUUCAGUAAUAAUUUUAUUAACUAUUUAGGUGAUAUAAGAAACCAUGCCAGUGAACCUUUGCACUGUGUAAAUAGUAACAGAGUCAAUAGUCGCUUAAAAGAAAUAGCUGUAGGUAAAUCGACAAAGGAAUAUAAGAACUAUGUGAAGCGUGUGAAAUAUGAAGAAAGAAUGGCUGAUGAUCCAUGUACUCCUAACGCAUAUGAAAACAUAACGAAUGCGAAAUUUCAAGCAAAGUAUAACCUAUGGAGGAAGAAGUUGCAUAAGUUUGACACCAUCAACUGA